AUGUCUACCACUAUCACAAACACUCCUGCUGAUGAUGAUGACAAUAAUGUUCCUGUUGAUGGAUCGAAUAAUAAUGUUACUAAUGAUAACAACACUUCGGAUGAAAAACAACAGCUCUCUGAUCACAGUGCUCCUCUCAUCAUUGCAACAAACCCGAAUAGGGCUGUCUCUGUUCUGAGUCAAGCAGAUACUAUUGAAUCAAUUGUUGACAAACGAUCAAAAACUCCCGACUAUACAGAACCCAUUACUCUUGUGGAUGAGAAACAAGUGAAGGAACAGGAGGAAAGAGAAUGGGCCCACAUGGAACCAUCAGAAGCUGAUCUUAAAAAGAUUAGGAAAAAGUAUAAUGCUCAUCUAUUUUCGAGUUUUCAAUUCAGAAAUGGAAGAGAUUAUUGGAAUUGUAGAUAUGAAGAAAGAAUUGCAGAAUUGUACUAUGAUUGGCAUUUGACUUUUACCCAGCUCAAAGAAUCUCUUUUACCACAUUUAAAGAAUUAUAAUAUGAAAAUAAUGAUACCAGGGUGUGGAAAUUCGAAAUUGGGGAAACAGCUAGUAUUGAGUGGAUUUAAAAAUAUAAUUUGUACAGACUAUUCAGAGGUAAUUAUUAAGAGAAUGAGAAAGGUACAUGAAAAAUAUGGAACUUGCAUCAAAUACCACUGCAUGGAUGCUUGUACUAUGAGAGCUAUCGAUUCUGAAUCAUUUGACCUCAUAAUUGACAAGGCAUUGAGUGAUUCAAUGUCAUGCUCCAUGCAAGACAUCAGAUUCAGUAUUUGUGACAAUGUAUCGAGAUUCUACUCACAGGCAGCAAGAAUAUUAAAACCUGGUGGUAAACUCCUGGUUUAUUCUGCACGUGACAGAUCAGACCUGAUUCAACAGUCAGACACAUCUGUUUGGAGCUCCAUCGAUUCACAACAAAUCUUACGAUUUCCUAAUGAAAAUAUCAGAAAGAGGCUACCUCCAGAAAUUGCAGAAAGUUAUAUCAAUAUGUUUAUCCUAACAAAGAAGGAUGACUUGUUUGAUGAAAAUUCGGAAAAUUCUCUCGAUGCCAUGAGAAGAAACAAGAGUAGAAGAAAUAGCAUCCUUCCAAAAUUAAAUGAAUAUGAACAAUCCAUAGAGAAGGCUGAAAAAUCAGUGACCAUUAAUUUUGUGUAA